AUGUCAAAAACAGAACAGCCUGCCGAGGACACACCCAAACAGCCUUCUGAAGGGACCCCCACAGAGACCGCUGUGAAAGAGUCACUCACUACCUUCAUGGAGCCAGCUGCAGUGGCGGUCCUAGCUGCCUGGUUCGCUGCUAUCUCUGGCAUCAACCCUACCAUGGACUUCUCCCAAGGCGCCGACAACCUCACCGCUGCUUUGGGAGAUCUUAUGCAUGGUGGCUUCAUUUGGCGUCUUAUGUUUGCUAUCUUCUGUGGUCCCCGAAGGUUUGCCGUUCUACAGCUGCUGCAGAGCGUAUUGUUCGUCUUGGCUAUGAAUCGCCUGCCCCAGAUCGCUGUAGUGGAUGAGGGCGACUCCCUUUUCAUCAACUGGUUGAUCACCACACGCCCUUGGUCGUUUUCCGCCAUAUUGUUGCCCGUCGCAGUCACUGCGGCAUCUCUGGUCUGGUGGGGAAUUGAGAUAAAGUCUGCUGGGCUAGCCACUGAAGUUAUAAUGUCGAUGAUUCUGAUGCAAGUCGCAGCGAAUCAAAUGAAUUCGCUUGCUGAUUAUCGCAACGGUGUUGACAGGGCCGACUUGCCCACCUCCGAUACGACCGUUCUAAGUGGUCUCCUGUCGGUCAGAGCUCUGACCGUCUCGUCCGUAGCCUCCCUGGUUGCAUCCUUGCUCAUAGUUGCGCACAGCAUCCGCGAUAUGGAGGACGUGUACUUCAAUAUCGAUAAGUGGAUGAUGAUUGUGGGUGUCAUAGUAACCUACACGGUUUCUCCUUUUCCUCUCAAGUAUAUUGGAUUAGGCGAUGCUGCUGUGUUCAUCUUUUUCGGCCCUAUCAAUGUGGUCCACUUCACACUUGCCGUCACUGCCGCCGAACAGUCCUAUUCGAGGCUUGGAGAUUUGCUCCUCUUCACCCUCCCUGUUAGCAUCAUGGUUACAGUGAUUCUGAGCGCCAAUAAUAUCAGAGAUAUAGAUGGAGACUGGGAAGCGGGUUGCUACACAUUGGAGGGGAUGCUAGGGAGAACUGCCAGCCGAGUGUACUUCGCUGGCCUUGUUAUGACGGCGCAAGCCAUAUCUGCCUGGCUUGCUUUCCACAAACGCGUCUGCCUCUCCCCCGAGGAUGCUGAAUACUAUAAGUUCGUCGAUCAGUCCUCUGCUCAUACUCUCCUCAUUCUUGGCCUCACAACAGCGCUAGGGAUAUCUAGUGUAUCCCCAGCGGCUCAGGUCAGCAUUCCGGGUCUUCUAUUCAGCUGCGUGCUGAUUGGCCUACUCCAUGCUGUCGGUUAA